AUGCUGCACUCCGGUCGUUCCACCGACACCCCGAACAAUACGUUCACAAACGACAACAAGACCUCGAGAUCCGCUCUCACACGUCCAGGCGACAUGUAUCUACGAGGGUGCACUCAAGCUCUGUUGGCAGCCGGCCUGCUGCUCACCACUCCGGUCGGCUCCGUCAACGUAGACGAAGAUGGUACAUGGGUGGUUGGAAUCAUCGAUGGCGACAAAUGGCAAGUCAGAGACGACAGACAGCCAUCUCUUUACACUGCCGACUAUGGCGACUGCCUAGGCAAGAGCGCCAUCAACGUUACACGGUUCGACGCAGCCUACUACAAAGACAACAUGACCAUCAUCUUUCACCUGGAAGGCGAGACUGGGCUCCGAAGAGAAGACAUUAUGAUGAAUAUCGGCGUUUAUGCGUACGGCGAGAGUCGAUUCGACCUGACCUUCAACCCUUGCGACGCCAACAUACUCAGCGCUUGCCCCGUCAAAGCCGGCGUUCCGAUCGAGGCGGCGGGCAUCAUACCAAUCAAUCAAGACGACGUCGCAGGGAUCCCAGAGAUUGCGUUGAGCAUUCCCGACUUCGAAGGCCAGGCCAUCCUGCGGCUGUUCUCCAACUCCACACAGAACGAGGGUAAGUAG